AUGAAUCUAGAAUAUAAUAAUCCAUUAUUAUCAUAUGUGAUUGAUUUUUCAAAUCUACCCAAAGAAAUUAAAGAUGCGUUUAAUGAGCAAGCACUAAUUGCAAUGACAGCUCCACCAAUAAAAUUCCAUCAAGACAUGGAUCCUACUUCGGACCAAUAUCUUGUAUACUUGUAUGAAAACCAACAAAAUGAAAAUAUAAAAUUUGAAAAGGAAACUCGUGAACAGUUAGAUCGGAUGAUGGCACCAUUUCUUACGUCUUUACAAGCAAAGAAGGCAGAUACCUGGAUUGAAAUGAUGAUUGCAAAAAAUCUCCAUGAGAUUGUAUUUGCAGAAACAUCAGGGUCUCCUUUUCAAACUACAUGCACUACUAAAAAGGCAAUCAGAUGUGCAUUAUCUGAUAUUAUUAAUGACUAUGAAAAAAUAGGCGAAAAACUAUUAAAUGAUUAUAAUAAGAUUGCUAGUUCAGGUCCGUAUGAAGUUGAUUGUGGAGUACGAGGCUAUCAAUCACAUCCUUCUCCAUAA